GCCGCUGCGGCGCCCGGCGGAGCUCGGGGCCGCUGCCCCGGCGGCGGAAGCGGCGGCGGAAGCUCGGCAGCGCUUCCGUGUCCGGGCGCGGUGCCCUUGGAGCGGACAUGGCGCUGGCGCUGCUGCGGCCGCGGCCCCGCGGGGCCGCCCUGGCUCUGCUCGGCUCGGCCCUGCUCCGCCGCCCCGCCGCGCUCGGUGCCGCCGCCGCCCGCUGCGCUCCGGCCCGCGACAGCCACGGCCCGCCCCGCCAGGGACACGGCGGUUCCAAGGCUGCAUCUCUGCACUGGACCGGGGAGCGAGCGGUCAGUGUGCUGCUGCUGGGGCUGCUCCCCGCAGCCUACCUGUGCCCCGGACCGGCCGUGGACUAUUCCCUGGCUGCAGCCCUCACCCUGCACGGCCACUGGGGUCUGGGCCAGGUAAUCACUGAUUAUGUGCACGGAGAUGUCCCCAUUAAAGUGGCCAACACGGGGCUGUACAUCCUGUCUGCCCUGACCUUCGCUGGCCUCUGCCACUUCAACUACCACGACGUGGGCAUCUGCAAGGCUGUGGCCAUGCUCUGGAGCCUCUGAGGAGCCCCAGCCCCGACACACACGAUUGUCCUCUGCUGCCUCUGCUUCAUCAGCUUGUGAGCAACAUCCUGCACCACAAAGGAACGGCCAAGGGUCCCCAGGGAGCCCGCAGGGAGCUCAGAGCUAGUUUAGAAUAUAGAGAGAAAAAAACCAGGUUUAAAUGCAGAUUGAAGUGGAAGAUGCCCAGUGAGGGUGAGUGGAUUCAAGCUGCGCUGUGAAUUGGGAUGAAUGAGUUACACCAGUGGCAGACCUGCAUAGCUAAAGGGAACUCUCCUUGUAAUACCAGCUUUAAUGAGUGCUUUUCUAACUGUUGGUUGGUUUCCUGUUCUGUAAAACAAGCUUGGCUUGUGAAAAACUGAACUGCUGCUUCUGACAUCAGUGUGUAAGGCAGACCCUGUAACUCUUGGGACCCUGGGAGCUGAUGUAGAAAAGGGAAUACUUUUUUUCUUAAUCCAUGCAAUAAAGGAUUUACAGAAA